UCCUGAGUCUGCUUGCCACCUAACUCCAAGCUGAUUUUCGGCUGCGACAGACGAUCCCAAAUACAAAGUUGAUAUACCUACUGGCAAAAAAUCCAGGCUUCAGGUUUACCCACCCCUGCGAUCCAUUGGGCACAAGGAUUUCAAGAGAAACACUCCACUGAUGUGUGAGAACAGCACCGAGAUUUGUCCUGAGGAAUACACAGACAUGGAGUACAACAGAGCAGAAUCCGUGAAGGAAGUAAGAGCCGCGCGAGCCAAAGAGAGGCGUGUGGCCGCACUGCGUCGCCUGAGUGGCAAGAAAACACAGGCACGAAAAGUAGUGACAGAGGGACGGAACACUGAGUCCUUGAAGGGGCCGGAACAAAAUCAGUCCUUCAAAUACAGCGCACCUCAGACAUGUGACUCUGAGAACGAGGAUGAAGAACACAUUGAAAUUUCUAAGAUUGACUGGGUAACGGAGUGGCUGGACAAACAUUGCUUCUUUGAUGAGCAGGCCUGGGGCGCCGUCAUGGCCGGUGUUGAGGCCACGCCAGAGGAGAUGGAAAACGAACUCCAGGACAAACCCAACCCUCCUGUCGGUAACUUUACAUUGGAUAGUAGCGAAUACACUUCACUAGACAACACCUGCCCCAAGAAAUUUCUCGCCGCCCUCACGCGCCUUAAUCACUUGCAAAAGUCACACGAUGAUAUCCUGGCACAGCUGACCUUCCCCAACAAAAUGGCGGUGCAACAUGUGACAUACAUCGUCAAGGCCUUCCUGAGACGCAUGUACUUUAGAAUGAAGGGCAAGAGCCAUAAGAAACAGGAGGCCAUCAUGCGCAAGAUGCACUACGCCAUGCAGGGCAUCGUGCAUCGCUACUUCAAGCGGGGCAUGGAUAAGAAAGUCUUUUUACACAAAGCAGCGGAGAAGGACGAGUUUGAAAACUGGAGUGAUGAUGAGGAUGACGGGGAAGGUCGAGGCGAUGACGACCAGAUGGAAGAAGGAAGCGUGAACGAACCCAAAGACGAAGAAUGUGACGAAGUUCAGGAAAACGAAGAGAACCGGUCAAAUAAUGAAGACGAAAUCCAAAAAUGUAAGACAGUAAUUGAAGAGAUAAAGAUGGCGAAGAAGUUUGUGAGUAGCGCUGUCACGCUUCACGCACAGGCCCCAGAGGCUCUGCUGAACACCAUGGAAGCGAUUUACAACGGAAAGGUGACGGUGGAGCACGUGCUCAAACACCCCCAAACUCUCACCCACCAGAAUGACCGCGUGGAAGGGAGCGUGCCUGGGACGGAUGGCCGAGACGGUAACUCAAGCAACGAAGAAGACGACGAGGACGAGUAUUACAUCCCUGACGACAAGUCACACGCCAGCCUUGAGUUCUCCGACGACGAGAGAAUGCACUGCCACCUCUCAGACGUGGAGGAUGAUGAGUGUGAAACGGAUGACGCUUCUUGGGAUGAAGAGGACGACAGUGACGUUGAGAGUGAGGCCCGCUUGAUUCCCACUGAGUAUCCCUCAGAUGGCGAGGAGUCCAGCUCGGUUGAAGACGGCGAGUGCGGUGGUGCCAGUGAUGAUAAUAUAACAAAGAAAAGCCAGACAUCACCAGAGAAGGAGGAGGACUUCAAGCUGCUUAACAGACUUGCCGGCGAAUUCAGUGACGGUAGCGAAGAGGAGGGAGACGAGAAGGCGGCGUGGAGGCGGAGUCAGGAUGUGAGCCGCACUCUGUGGAUGCAGGAAAUGGUCUCUGAUUGUCCACUCAAAGACAAGACUUACAGUCAAGAAUUCCAUUGCUGCCGAGCUCCUUUGUUCCCCAAGGUCAAUCUUUCAACACAUUCCAUUCAAGAGAAGGAAGAAAUUCUUGAACAGUUUAUGGAAAAGAAUGUCAGCAGAAACAUUCGCCGCUACGUCAUGAAAACAGUUAGCCGAAGGAAUUUUGCGAUAUUCAAAAAGGUGUGGCGACGUGCCAAGGGCCUCAAGCGGUUCCCAGGCCUGCGCCUGGGCACACAGGACACUGCAGCGUGGCAGUCUUUCAAGCGGCAGAAGGCCUACCUUAACGACUUCCUCAUGACGGAGAAAGAGGCCCUUCUUUACAGUUUGUCGCGGAAGCACAAAGUGUCGUGUGAAGAAAUCUUCCAAGCACAGGCGACGAUAGAAAUGCUCCGUAAGAAACGGCGACUCGCAGUCAAGAUUGUCAAGUUCCUGGACCAGCUCCCCAUCCGCCGCCUUGAGUACCUGAAUGAGCACGUCCUCGCAAUGGCACGGCGGGAAAAUGGAGUGGAGCCGCAAAUUCACUCAGACAUGAUUUCCGUGUUGCUGUUUUUACAGACUGUGGCUACAAUGCAAGGACAAGAGUCGCCCUUUCCCUGCCACGGCCCUGUCUGCGAGAAGCUGCAAGGCUACGUGGAGAGCCUCGUUCACGAUAUCGACGACGAAUAUAAAUUCUUUUGUAAGGAAAAGGGAAAUCAGGUCCACCGCGAGGAGGUCAAAGUAAAAUUGAAUAAUAUGAGCAAAAACAAGUUGAAAAAGUACUUAUCUGUUGCGAAAGAAACUUAUCAGAGCUUGACGCGCAAGUUUCUGCAGCAGAAGCACAAAUACCUUAAGAGACGUUUAUCGGAGCAGGAGCUUAACAGUCUGUUCCCCUUGUGCCCCAAAGAUGACAUAGGUCUGAUGCACCUCCCUAAACACCAGAGGCUGCUACUGCUCACCCAACAUAACAACAAACAACUCAAGCUCCGGCGUGAUUACAGUAACAUGGUCAAGGUAAAGGCUCGCCACACCAAGACAGUUUUGGCCAAAAUGAACAGGUUCUUGUCGCGGAGUUCGGCUCAAGACAUAAUUCUGAAAGUUUAUGACAUUCAGACGCAGGAGAGUGAGUGGGCACAGAGGAGCAUGGUGCUGGAAGAUGAGACAAUAAGCUACUUGGAGGUGUCGCCGCAGGAGUACAAGGAGUCCACCAAGGACUCCCUCACAGGCCUCACCUGGGACAUCUGGAGUGACGAUGAGCAGGACAGUGAUUCGAACUGGAUGGAUGAAGGCUCAGAGGAAGGUGAAGAGGAGAUAAGGAAGGAGGAGGAGAUGGAACGAAAGGCUGCGGAGGAGGGAGAAGCCAAGAUAGAACCGCUGACUAUACAGAAAAUAUUCCGUGAGCUGUAUGUACAGUAUUAUCCUGCAGGAAAUUACAUACUUAAAAAUCAGCAGGAUGUCCAGGAAUCCUAUCCAACUUCCUUCCCCUUCGAACAAAAACCCUGGGAGACUCCAGUCCACCACGCGAUCCUGGAUAAAUUCGUAACGUAUCUUAGCAACAACAAAUUCCAGACUGGCAGGCCGUUAAAGAUCGACUUUCGGAAAGAAAUACGUCGACUCUGGCACUACAAACCUAAAGGUUUCAUCAAGACCAUUCGAUGCUACGAGAACCUCAGCAAAACUUACAACAAGGAGCACAAUAAGGCGUUACGAGCAUGGACGGUCACGAAGGCUGACGAAGACCACGAGCACCUAAAGCACUAUGAAUUCCAAGUGUCCUCGGAGUGCGAAGGCGAGACUCAAGCAACACCUACGAAAGAAAAAGAGAAAAUCAUUUCAAUGAAAAGAAAAUUCCAGGUAAAUGAAAACAUUACUCAUCAAUUUCUAACUGCAGAGUCAAAGAAAAUUAAACUGGAUCACGAUGAACACAAAACAAAGGAAAUGGAUACUGGAAAAAAAAUCAAAAGGAAAAUCGAGGAGAGUGAACAAAUUACGCAAAUUAAUAAAAAAAUCAAGAAUGGCGGAUAUGACAAAACUAGUAAUACGAAGUGCACCUCAGCAGAAGACGAAGAACAAAAAAAGUCAGUGAAAAGGCGAUUUCAGGAAGAAUGGGAUGUAAUGGAACACCCAAAAGACAACCUCAAAGAAGUUCAAAAUAAGAAAAAGAGGGUUUGGCGAGAAGAGAGUCACGAAUUUUGAAGUGGAAAACUUUGAAAGCAGUGAGGAUGUAGAAGGUUGAAGAGAACAAGCAUGUGUAAACUAUAAAGACAAAAAAAAAAAAAAAAAUAAAAAAAAGAUAAAAGUAAAAAAAAAAAUAUAUAAAAAUGAUUAUUAAGAAAUAUUGAAAACAAAAAAGGAUAAGAGAAAAAAGAAUGACAAUAAACAAGAGAAAAUAUAUGAUUUGAUGGAAAAUAGAGAGAGAUACUAGAAAAAAAAAAACAAUAAGAAUAACGCUUUGUUGAUUGGAAAGAAACUAAAUUUUGAAAAAAAUAGGCCUCGAAAAGAAAUCAAGAAUUUUACCAAAAAAAAAAAAAAAAAAACCGACUUGAUGGAGAAGGAGGAACAAAAGAAAAAGAACUUCAAGAGUGGAAAAUUCAUGAAUGCACAAAGCUAGAAUUUUGAAAUUCCCGAUCUUACCUCAUCGCCCCAAAAAAGGAAAAAAAUAAUGAGAAUAGCAACAACAAAAUAAGGCAUCCUGGAAAUAACGACCCAAAUCACGAAAAUAAUAAGAAAAAAAUAGUUUUUGGCUAAUUUUGAUAAGAUUUAAGAAAACAGACUAAAAAAAAAAAAAAGGAUCGACAGUCAAAUAUACUGAAAGCACUAAAACUUAUGCCAAAACACUACAACGAAAACAGAAGUCAAACAUAUGUCACACUACUAAAAGAAGGAACAAAAUCCUAAAAAAAAAAAAGGUGCUAAAGCACUAAAAAACAGAUUCCACAGGAAAACAACAAUUCAAAAUAGUGAAAAAAUGGCGGCAAAACAAUGAAAAAAACGGAUUAAAUUGUAAAACAAGGAAAUCAAAAUACUAAGGAAGACAAAACAGAAAAACGUGAGAACACUAAAAAACAGUCAUAUGAGUAAAAAUUGGAGCUAAAACACAUAAAAAAAGGGAGUCAAACAAUAAAAACAAGUUACUUAAAACAUUAACAGAAGACUUCAAACACUAAAAAUGCAGUCAAAACAACAAAAAAACUAAAAAGUAAAAAAAAAAAAAAAAUAGGCAAAACAAUAAAAAGAGAUUAAAAACACAAACAAGAGUAAAAACUAAAAAAAACAAUCAAAACAUUAAAAAGUGGUGAAAAUACUGUAAAAAUGUCAAAACACUAAAAAGAAGAUAAAAUACUACAAAAAGUGUCAAAACAACUAAAAAAAAAGAAAUGAACCCUAAAACAAGAAAUCUAAACACUAGAAAAAUAGUUAAAACACUAAAAAAACACAAAAAGAAAAUAAAAACUAAAAACACUACAAAGGAGUCACAAGAGAAAAUGUUGUCAAAACACUAAAAAAAAAAGAAAAAUGGAGUAAAACACUAAAAAAUAUAAAAAAAACUCAUAACACUAAAAAAAAAGAUGUAAAAAAACUAAAUGGAUUCAAAACACUAAAAAAAGAAAAAAAAAAUGAAUUAAAACACUAAAGAAAUGGAUUCAAACCAUUAAAAAAAAAUGGAAACAAAACAGUUAAAAAAUGAGUUAGAACACUAAAAAGAAAAAAAAAAAUGGAAUGAAAACCGCAGCAAAAUAAGAAAAGAAUGAAGUCAAAGCACUAAAAAAGAAAAAAAAAUGGACACAAAACCCUACAAAAAUGGAGUGAAAAUACAAAAAAAAAAAAAAUAAACAAUGUAAGAAAAAAUCUGUCAAAACACAAAAAAAGAACCAAAUGAAAUGGAAACACUAAAAAAAGAAAAAAAAGACACUAAAAAGAUUCAAAACACUAAAAAAUGCAGAAAAAAUGGAGUCAAAACACUAGAAAAGAAAAAAAGAAAACAUUAAAUAGGAAUCAAAACACUAAAAAAUGCAGUAAAACAUAAAAACAAGAAAAAAUGGAGUUAAAACACUAGGAAACAAACAAAAAAAAAAGAAAUCAAAAUACUAAAGGGAGUAAAAAAAAAAAAAAAGCCAAACACUAAAAAUGAAUAAAAAUCACUAAAAAAAGUCAAUACACUAAAAAAGCGUCAAACACAGAAAAAUAUUCAAAAUGCUAAAAAGAAAAAAAAAACGAGUCAAAACACUAAAAAGGACUCAAAACAACUAAAAAGGCAUAAUAAUAAAAAGUCAAAACAAAAUAAUGUCAAAACACUAAAAAAGUGAAAACAUUAAAAAAAAGGAGAGAAAACACAAAAAAAAUGUAGCCAAAACAGAAAAAAAGAGUGAAAACAGUAAAAAAUUCUGUUAAAAACACUGAAAGGACGGAAAACAAUAAUAAGUGACAAAACACGAAAAAAAUGAGUCAAAACAAUAAAAAGGAGACAAAACACGAAAAAAGGACUCAAAACAAUAAAAAAAAAACAAGAGAGGCAUCAAAGGAAUGUCAAAGCACUAAAAAAAAAAAAAGAAAAAUUGAGUCCAAAACUUGGAAAAAAAAUAAAGUUAAAACAAUUUAAAACAGACGAAACAACAAAAAGUUGGUCAAAACCAAAAAAAAGGUAAAAACACUAAAAAACGAAAAAAAAAAAAAAAAAUCACUUCAAACACCUCAGAUACAAAAAGAAUGAGUGAAAUAACUAAAAUGACAACAAACGGCAAAAUACUAAAGAAAAAUUAGUAAAAAAAUGAAUGAAAAUACUAAAAACUCAAACAAGUCAAAACAUUACA